CCUUAUGCCCUCCUUCCUCUCCUAACUGAAAGAAGGAAAACUGGAUAUCACUGGACUGUGAACUGACAUGUGGGGAUCAUCCCCAGACCCCGCUCCACAAACAUAAACAAACAUCACAACAAACAAACAGACGGAGUGCUUCUACGGUGGAGGCGGGCAGCGUGCUGUCCAAAGACCCAGCCUGACGCACAGAGACGGACAGACAGACGGACAGUCUGAUGCCAACUGUCUCUGCUGUCAAUCUAACGGCACCACUCCUCCUCCUGUUGCUAUGGGCAACCCACCCCACCAUGGCAACCAACUGGCUCUCCCUGGCGAGGCUUCCUCGCUCCAGGCCCGUGUCUGGUGCCGCCCCGUGUGCUCGGCUCAGAGGGCUGACCCCGGGGCAGGUGGGGGUGUGCAGGGCACGAGGGGAGGUCAUGGAGUCUGUGCGAAAGGCAGCGGAAAUGGUCAUAGAAGAGUGCCAGCACCAGUUCAGGAACCGCCGCUGGAACUGUUCCACCACCCCACGUGGAAUCAACGUAUUUGGCAGAGUCAUGAACCAAGGGACUCGUGAGGCAGCCUUCGUGCAUGCUUUAUCCUCAGCAGCCGUGGCAGUGGCUGUGACUCGGGCCUGCACCCGUGGGGAGCUAGAGAGGUGUGGCUGUGACAGGAAGGUCAGGGGGGUCAGCCCCGAGGGUUUCCAGUGGUCAGGGUGCAGUGACAACCUGUCCUAUGGUGUGGCUUUCUCCCAAACAUUUGUGGAUGAACCAGAGCGAGCCAAGGGGCUGUCAGCGGGGCGACCACUCAUGAACCUCCACAACAACGAGGCUGGUAGAAAGGCCAUCCUUCACAACAUGCAGGUAGAGUGUAAGUGUCAUGGCGUCUCUGGCUCCUGUGAGCUGAGGACCUGUUGGAAAGUGAUGCCUCCAUUCAGGCGCGUCGGUGUUGUUCUGAAAGAACGCUUUGAUGGAGCCACAGAGGUUCGUCUGACUCGUAUAGGAUCCAGGACUGCCCUGCUACCCCGUGACCCCCAGGUCAAACCCCCUGCUGCCAGAGACCUUUUGUACCUUGCACCCUCCCCAGAUUUCUGCCAUCUAGACCCUGACAACGGUAUCCCUGGAACUGCUGGAAGGAGAUGUAACGGAACCUCUAGGCUGGCACCAGAUGGCUGUGAGCUGGUGUGCUGCGGGCCUGGGUACAGAGCCGGCCGGGCUGAGGUGGUGCAGCGAUGCUCAUGCAAGUUCUCCUGGUGCUGCUCAGUCCGCUGCCAGCAGUGCAAGAACACAGUCACCAUUCACACCUGCAGAGUAUGCAGUCUUACUUUAAACAACUUUACGCUGAAACAGUGAGGCCAGAAUUGAGGAGUCUCUUGGAAAAGCUGUAAAGUAAGAGAUUUUUCAAGAGCAUUGACAUCAGAGGUAAGGUACACGCAUAGAAACGUGUGAAAAAAAUCACAAUUAAUCACACUUUGAACUGACAAAGCUUUUAAGGCUGAACUUAACCACAACUAACAGGGAACAAUACAGCACAAUUUUUGUUUUAUGCAAACUAUUCCUGCUUUGUCAUAGACUUAGCUGGUCAUUGAACAGUUUCUGUAUUUGUCUACUUCCCCAUUUUUGUUUAUUUAUUUAUACAUCCGAUUUUUUUGCUUCACUUCAGCCUCCAGCUACAUCUUAAAUAGCAAGAAUAACUUUUACUUAUACCAGUGUCUGUCUUGUGUUUUGUCGCUCAUCUUCAUGUGACUCUUCCGUAUGUUACUGCUCAAGCAGUGCUUUUAAGUCUCUUUAAGAAAUCUAAUAAAAACAGUAGUUUUAUUCAA